AUGCAUCCCCAUACACUACUCGUCGGGUUCGCGCAGUUCGAAUUUGUCACCGAGCUGGUGCUGUCGUACUGCAGGUUCCGGAAUUUCCGGCAAUUCCAGCAUCUCAUCUGCGCUCUACCUCGACUGCAGGUCCUCACGAUAGGCGGGCUGUCGUCGAGGAAGGCACCGCUCCCACACAAUGUUAUGGCUUCGCAAAUCCCUCCACUCACCCAUAUCUUGUUUUACAACUCUGACGAUCUGCCGACAGCGUCGACCCUUCUCAAAUGGCUGUCAUGCAUAUCGUCGAACCCGACUCUACGCUCGCUGUACUUCGAUCUGCGACAGGGGUCGAUUAGCCAUAUGGGCGAUGUUCUGUCGGCCGUGGGGUCCAGCUUGGAGCAUCUGGACCUCAUCUUAGAUGACUCUGGUUCUGCGCUCGAUUUGCAACAAUUGAAUGUGCAUGGAUGUACGGCGCUGCGCAAACUCACCCUCAGACAUACGCGAGGAAUCUCUCUAGCAGGUAUUCUGCGUGCUAUUCCGUCAGAUACUCGAAUUCACGAGAUCGUGAUCUUCAUGACGCUGGGGAAUGCCAAAGGAGAGUGGGAGUGCGCCAGUGAUAUCCUUGAGGAGGAGCAGUUUCGUGCUCUGAGCACGUUUAUGCUAACCAUCAACGACCGGUCCCUGACCGAGCAGGAGAAGUGCCACGUUUCGGACGUGUUUGACGUCUUGCGUCGUCGAGGCGUCACGCGUCAGGGUUGGCGUGUACUUCGAUCGGCUCCUACUCUGACUAUCAACUCCCUUUUGCCCAGUACCGCCGGGCUGAACACCAUGACGCGGUUGCGUGGCCAGUAA